AUGGAUGUUGAUCUCAUUCAAGUCGUGAAUCGCCUCCAGGAGACAUUUACCACUAUUGGUGGACAUAGCGUCGACUUGCCACAAUGUGUUGUGGUCGGUUCGCAGUCCUCGGGUAAAUCGAGUGUGCUUGAGACGAUUGUAGGACGCGACUUCUUGCCGCGUGGUAGUGGAAUUGUGACUCGUCGGCCGCUCGUGCUCCAGCUUAUCCAUGUUCCGGCUUCGGACUCAAUGAACGGUCCCGAAGAAUAUGGCGAGUUCCUUCACAUCGACCGCCGCUUUACUGAUUUCAAUACGAUCCGUCAAGAAAUCGAAAACGAAACCUUUCGAGUGGCCGGACAAAACAAAGGCAUCUCGAAACAGCCUAUCCACCUAAAGAUCUACAGCCCCCAUGUGAUUAACCUCACUCUCGUGGACUUACCAGGCCUGACCAAGAUUCCCGUGGGUGACCAACCCUCGGACAUUGAGCGUCAAAUCCGUUCGCUUGUUACGGACUACAUUUCGAAGCCGAACUGUAUCAUCAUGGCUGUGAGCCCGGCCAACGUGGACCUGGCCAAUUCGGAUAGCCUGAAGCUGGCUCGCAGCGUGGACCCCCAGGGGCGUCGCACCAUUGGUGUUCUCACAAAGCUCGACCUCAUGGAUCAAGGAACACAUGCGCUUGAGAUCCUUUCUGGUCGCAUGUAUCCGCUGCGCCUCGGCUUUGUCGGUGUGGUCAACCGUUCCCAGCAAGAUAUUAACUCCAACCUGCCUAUGGCUGAAGCUCGUCGAGCGGAGGAAGAAUUCUUCCGCCAGCACCUUGCGUAUCGCAACAUUGCGCAUAAGUGUGGCACCAAAUACCUGGCAAAAACGCUGAACCAGGUGCUGAUGGCGCACAUCCGGGAUCGUCUGCCGGAUAUGAAAGCGCGACUCAACUCGCUUAUGGGACAAGCGCAACAGGAGCUUGCUUCUUUUGGUGAUACGACCUUUAUGGGCGAUCAGCACCGCGGCACGCUUAUUCUCAAGUAUAUGACGCAGUUUGCCAAAGACUUUGUGUCUUCAAUUGAUGGUACCUCGUUCGAUAUCUCUACCAAGGAACUCUGCGGUGGCGCGCGAGUCUACUACAUCUUCCAGGAUGUAUUUGGCCAAGCUCUUAACUCCAUCAAUCCUAUCCAAAACUUGACGGUGCAUGACAUCCGCACGGCGAUCCGCAAUUCGACUGGCCCACGUCCAAGUUUGUUUGUGCCUGAAGCCGCGUUUGAGCUACUCAUCAAGCCUCAAAUCAAGCUGCUGUUACCUCCCAGUCUCCGCUGUGUCGAGCUUGUAUACGAAGAAUUGAUGAAAAUGUGCCACACCUGCACAAGCCAGGAGCUGCAGCGCUUCCCUCGUCUGCACGCCCAAAUCAUUGAAGUGGUGUCUGACCUCCUGCGCGAGCGUCUCGGUCCGACUUCUGAGUAUGUACAAAGUCUCAUCGAGAUUCAGUCAGCCUACAUCAACACCAACCACCCUGCCUUUGUACAGGACUCGGCGAACAUCGCCAUGCGCAUGCGUGACGAGAAGAGCCGCCGGUACAUCGUUCCUCCCCCCAAACACGAACUCUCGCUCGACUCGGACAUUAACACUCCGAUGUCUGAUGAUGAAGACACGGACAAACCGUCACAGGCUCAGACUGUCAAUCAAACGCCUAGUGCACGCCGCAAUGAGGUUGCCCGAUCUCGCGUCUCAGCCCACGAUCCCCAGGGUCUGCCGCCUUCAGACUCUAGUAGCGAGGCUACUCUCAACGGCAUUUCGCGAAGUGGAACCAGUGGCUCUGCAAGCCAGCGUGAUUCCUUCUUGAACUACUUCUUUGGCGGUCCAGCUGUGACUGAGCCUUCGAGUAUGGUGCCAGGUUUGACGAUGCACCAGCGCACAUCCGAGCAGAAGCCCAACAUCUUGACUGGCCGCCUUGGCCUGGAAGGCAAUAGCGCUGCCUUCAACAUGAAGAGUCUAGACAUGCACUUGAACACGGAACCCGUGUCCGACGAUGAGCUGAACAUGACAGAGCGCGAGGUAAUGGAAACCAAUUUGAUUCGCCAACUCAUCACGUCCUAUUUCAACAUUGUUCGCCUGUCGAUCCAGGACCUUGUUCCCAAGGCUGUGAUGCAUCUGUUGGUAAACUACUCGCGCGACAGUGUGCAAAACCGCUUGGUGAUCAACCUCUACAAGGAAUCCAUGUUUGAGCAGCUCCUGCAUGAAGAUGAGACUCUGACCAAAGAACGACAGCGUGUCCAGGCGCUCCUUAACGCUUAUAAGGAGGGCUUUAACGUUCUCUCUGAGAUAACCUUUAAACCUGCUAGCGCAUAA